AGCUUCGACAAGAAGCAUUAUGGGACAGCUUGACGUCUAAAUCCGUUGUAUUCAAUGUCUUGUUUGAUGUAGUACUGUGUCCAAAUUAUUUCAUGUACUUUUGAUAGGGACUCCUGGAUAGUUUUUUUCUGACCAGGAAAACCGUAUUUACUGAAUUACCUAGUUAGUGCAGGGUUGGCUGGGAGAGAGGUUGUUGGUGCAGGGCAGGCUGGGAGAGAAGUUGUUGGUGCAGGGCAGGCUGGGAGAGAAGUUGUUGGUGCAGGGCAGGCUGGGAGAGAAGUUGUUGGUGCAGGGCAGGCUGGGAGAGAAGUUGUUGGUUGCAGGGCAGGCUGGGAGAGAGGUUGUUGGUUGCAGGACAGGCUGGGAGAGAGGUUGUUGGUUGCAGGGCAGGCUGGGAGAGAGGUUGUUGGUUUGCAUGGCAGGCUGGGAGAGAGGUUGUUGGUUUGCAUGGCAGGCUGGGAGAGAGGUUGUUGGUUGCAGGGCAGGCUGGGACAGAGGUUGUUGGUGCAGGGCAGGCUGGGACAGAGGUUGUUGGUGCAGGACAGGCUGGGACAGAGGUUGUUGGUUGCAGUGCAGGCUGGGACAGAGGUUGUUGGUUGCAGUGCAGGCUGGGACAGAGGUUGUUGGUGCAGGGCAGGCUGGGACAGAGGUUGUUGGUGCAGGACAGGCUGGGAGAGAGGUUGUUGGUUGCAGUGCAGGCUGGGACAGAGGUUGUUGGUGCAGGGCAGGCUGGGACAGAGGUUGUUGGUUGCAGGGCAGGCUGGGACAGAGGUUGUUGGUGCAGGGCAGGCUGGGACAGAGGUUGUUGGUGCAGGGCAGGCUGGGACAGAGGUUGUUGGUGCAGGGCAGGCUGGGACAGAGGUUGUUGGUGCAGGGCAGGCUGGGACAGAGGUUGUUGGUGCAGGGCAGGCUGGGACAGAGGUUGUUGGUGCAGGGCAGGCUGGGACAGAGGUUGUUGGUGCAGGGCAGGCUGGGACAGAGGUUGUUGGUUGCAGGGCAGGCUGGGACAGAGGUUGUUGGUUGCAGGGCAGGCUGGGAGAGAGGUUGUUGGUUGCAGGGCAGGCUGGGACAGAGGUUGUUGGUGCAGGGCAGGCUGGGACAGAGGUUGUUGGUUGCAGGGCAGGCUGGGACAGAGGUUGUUGGUUGCAGGGCAGGCUGGGACAGAGGUUGUUGGUUGCAGUGCAGGCUGGGACAGAGGUUGUUGGUUGCAGUGCAGGCUGGGACAGAGGUUGUUGGUGCAGGGCAGGCUGGGACAGAGGUUGUUGGUGCAGGACAGGCUGGGACAGAGGUUGUUGGUUGCAGGGCAGGCUGGGACAGAGGUUGUUGGUGCAGGGCAGGCUGGGACAGAGGUUGUUGGUUGCAGGGCAGGCUGGGACAGAGGUUGUUGGUUGCAGGGCAUGCUGUGACGGAGGUUGUUGGUGCAGGGUAGUAAAAAUUCACAUUCCUUAUUAUGAGGGUCUGGUUCGGAAAGACGUAAUUACUAUUUGUUGUCUAUACCUUGUGGCACUAGCUAAAUCAAAUCUAAUUUUAUUUGUCAAAUGCGCCAAAUACAACAGGUGUAGUAGACCUUACCAUGAAAUGCUUACUUACAAGCCCUUGCAGUUUUAAGAAAAAUAAGAGUAAAGAAAAUAUUUACUAAAUAAACUAAAGUAAAAAAAUGUAGAAGUAACAAUGACGAGGCUACAUACAGGGAGUACCAGUACUGAGUCAAUGCGCAGGGGUACAGGUUAGUCGAGGUAAUUGAGGUAAUAUGUAGGUAGGGGUAAAGUGACUAUGCAUAGAUAAUAACAGCGAGUAGCAGCAGCAUAAAAAGGGGGGGGGUCAAUGCAAAUAGUCUGGGUAGCCAUUUGAUUAGCUGUUCAGCAUUUUUAUGGAAUGGGGGUAGAAGCUGUUAAGAAGCCUUUUUGAACGGGACCUGGCGCUCCGGUACCGCUUGCUGUACUGUGCCAAACACACUACACUCUGUAGCGCCUUGCGGUUGGAGGCCGAGCAGUUUCCAUACCAGGCGGUGAUGCAACCAGUGCUCUCGAUGGUGCAGCUGUAGAACUUUUUAAAACAGAGACAAUUUGAUGUUUGCUUGUGUACUAUG